AUGACCCUCCCUCUUGAUGAGCUCCAAUGGAAGUCCCCCGAGUGGAUCCAGUCGUUUGGACUACGCACUGACAAUGUAUUAGACUACUUCAGUCAAUCGCCUUUUUUUGAUAGGACCUCAAAUAACCAGGUUGUUAAAAUGCAGCACCAAUUCUCUCAGCAGUUACCUCUAGAACCCACUCGCCGAGCACCGCCGGACCGUCAGCAUAUCUGGGAUCAGUACCCGGUUCACGCAGUGCUGGAAAGGGAACUUUCGCGCCUGAAAGGGACUGAAUACAUCCUAUCACAUGUCAGAGAACCGGAUUUUUGGGUGAUAAGGAAGCAAUUACGCUCCAGUGAAACGUCUGUUACUCCCCUGGAUGACUAUUAUAUAAUUGGUGCAAACGUAUACAAAUCUCCUACCGCCUUCCGCAUUAUACACAAUCGUUUGCUCGCGACUACACUACACCUUUCUCGCGCUUUGGAAGGUGUCCAACGCCUUUCGCGGUUCCAGCCAGGCCAGGGUCCAUCAUUAGUCGCUGUAGAAACUUCUUCUACACCAUCCGCCACCACUAAUACUACUGGAGCUACAAUACCUAGCACCGCAGCGGCGACUACUGCUGCGGGUGCAAUAAGCACUGCCGUCACAGGCGCCGCUGUCGAAACACCUGGCGCAGGUUACCAGGACGCUUUGACGCAAGAUCUUCUUGAUAAACUCAUGCUACAGAGCCUAAAGACCACUCCAAAAUACCUCUAA